AUGACCCUGUCGGGAGGCGGCAGCGCCAGCGACAUGUCCGGACCCACCGUCCCGGCGGCCGAGGAUGUGGAUAUCGACGUGGUGGGCGAAGGCGACGACGGGCUGGGCAAGGACAGCGACGGCGAGGCCAGCAGCCCCGCCGCCCUCCCGCGCUUGCCGCUGGACGAGGCGGCGGAGCUGGGGCUGUCCGCGGAGGCGGGAGCGGGCACGGAGAGCGGCAGCAGCGGCAGCGGCAGCCCGGCCGAGGCGGGCCCCGGCGGCGCGGUCGAGGGCGGCAAGGGGAGCGGCGAGGAAGGGGCGAGCGGCGGCGGCGGGGCGGCGGCGGGACAGAGCAAGCCCAAGAGCAGCUUGGUGAAGCCGCCCUACUCCUACAUUGCCCUCAUUACCAUGGCCAUUCUGCAAAGCCCACAGAAGAAGCUGACGCUCAGCGGCAUCUGCGAGUUCAUCAGCAAUCGCUUCCCUUACUACCGGGAGAAGUUCCCCGCCUGGCAGAACAGCAUUCGCCACAACCUCUCCCUCAACGACUGCUUCGUCAAAAUUCCUCGGGAGCCCGGUAACCCCGGCAAGGGUAACUACUGGACGCUGGACCCGCAGUCCGAGGACAUGUUCGACAACGGCAGCUUCCUCCGACGGAGGAAGCGCUUCAAGCGGCACCAGCAGGAGCACCUGCGGGACCAGACGGCGCUGAUGAUGCAGGGUUUCGGUGCCUACGGCCUCGCCGGCCCCUACGGCCGCCCCUACGGGCUGCACCCCGGCGCCUACACGCACCCCGCGGCGGCCGCGGCCGCACUGCAGUACCCCUACAUCCCCCCGGUGGGGCCCAUGCUGCCGCCAGCCGUGCCGCUCCUGCCGUCCAGCGAGCUCAGCCGCAAAGCCUUCAACUCCCAGCUCAGCCCCAGCCUGCAGCUGCAGCUCAACAGCCUAGGAGCCGCCGGCUCCAUCGUGAAGUCGGAGCCCAGCAGUCGCCCUUCUUUCAGCAUCGAAAACAUCAUCGGCGUCCCGGCCGCCAGCUCGGCUGCCAGCGCCCAGACUUUUCUGCGACCUCCUGUCACCGUGCAGUCGGCCCUGAUGGCCCACCAGCCGCUGGCGCUGGCCAGGACCACCGCCGCCAUCGCCCCCAUCCUCAGCGUGCCUACCAACAUCAUCGCCGGGCAGUUCCUGCAGCCUGCAGCCCCCGCCGCAGCCGCCGUGCAGGCCAAGUGGCCGGCGCAGUAG